GUGGGGCCCGGGGAGGGCUCCUCUGGAGCCCCUUGCAAGGCCCCUUUGCAAGGCUGCCCGUGUGUCCUUACUCGUUACUUUGCUUUAUCAUAUACCUAGCUGUCUAGCCAUCCCUGUGUCCUUCCAUGCCUUGUGCACCCCCGCUGUAUGGCCCACUGCUCAUCCCAACCGAGUUGGGGUGUUGGGAGGCGGGGCGCUGCUAACUCGUCCCUCUCCAGGCCUGGGCAGUAGCAGAGUGUUGCUGGAAUGGCUCGGACUUUGGAGGCCAGGAAUCUUGAGCUGGAAUCCCCGCUGUGGCCUUUCUUUGCUGUGUGACUUUGGACGCCUCGCUGAAUCUCCACUUUGCUUCUUCCUUUGCAAAAGGAAAAUUUCAUUCAGCGAAUCGUUAAGACGCUCCAAAGAUGCCACGCUAGGCGCUUUGAUGAGCACAUUGGCUCCACGUGAGAAAAGACCCCUGUCCUCUUGGAGGUUGCUUUCAGGGGGGAAAUAGGCAAUGCACGGAUUUUUUUAAAGUGAUAACUCAGACAGCGGUAACUGCAGCGAAGAAAGUAAGGUUGGAAUCACCUUUAGCCAAGGCCAAGUUUUGCAACAAGCCUUUGUUCCUCUGCCCAGAUGUCCAAGAUAACAUCCACUAUGGUCUCCAAGGACAUGAUUUACAACGAGAACAUCCUGGAGUCCACGGAUAAUAGUUCUACUUCAGUCAUUGAAGAAAAAAAGGAAAAACGCAGGAACACAGUGCCCGAGAUUGUUCCUGACCAUGCGGCUAAUCCUUUCCACAUGUCUGGAGACGUGGAUUUCUUCUUGCUCAGAGAUCAGGAGCGGAAUAAGUCUCGCCUAGAGCGGGAGCAGAAGAAGACGCUGCGGAUGCACCAAAAGAUGACCUACGCGUCCAAAGUGUUGGCCAAGCACACCAGCCUGCGUCGCGAGCUGCAGCUGGAGGACGAGAUGCAGGACCAGGAGGUGCGCGCCGAGGCGGAGCGGCUAAGCGCCUUCCACGACAACACAGCGUGGAAGCUCUCCAUGACCAAAGAAAAGAAGAUGGAAUCUGAUAACCUGAACAACUACAUCAACCAGAAGCGCCAGAUGUUCCGCAUCCAGUACGCCCUGGACAUGAAGCAGCAGGAGAUCCAGCGGCUGGAGCUGCUGGUGACCAAGGAGGAGGCAGAGCUGGAGCGGGCAGAAAGGUCCCUGGAGAAUGACGCCGCCCUGUUUGAGGAGUUCCUCCGGGAGAAUGAUCGGAGCUCGGUGCAGGCCCUGAAAGCGGCUGAGAAGGAGACCAAAGCAAAGGUGGAGAAGAUCUUGGAAAUCCGGGACCUGACCACCCAGAUCAUGAACAUCAAAAGCGAGAUCUCCAAAUUUGAAGACACUUUGCAGCAUUACAAGGCCUACAAGGACUUCCUGUACAAGCUGUCGCCCAAGGAGUGGUUGGAAGAGAGGGAGGAGAAGCGUUUGGCUCUCAAAAAGGCCAAGGAGGUCACUGAGCCCCCCAUAGAGAACACUUUACACUCCACGAUCCAGGACAAAGGACCAGGGACCAAGGGCAAGACAGGCUCCAGAGAGGGGCAGGGCCCAAAGAAGUCCUGGAAGUUCCUGCAGGUGGCGCAGCUGGGGCAGAUCUCGUCCAACACCCUGAACCUCCAGCAUAGAAGCCAGGCCAGUGUGUAUAGUGGGCUGAACGCCAAAGGGUCAGACUCUACCACCACUAUGACUGAGGACUCAGGCAGCGACGGGGAGGAGCUGGACCUAUACUUCACGGAGCCCCAGCAGCUCCUGGACAUCUUCACGAAGCUAGAGGAGCAGAACCUGUCACUCAUCCAGAACACGCAGGAGAUGGAGGAGACCCUGGAGGAUCUGAACUGCACCCUGAAAAACACCCAGAUCCGCAUGGACAGGGAAGUCAACCAGCUGAAGCAGUGGGUCAACACGCUGAUGACGUCCAUCGCCAAGGAAGAGGAGACAGUGGCCGAGCUGCAGCUCAAAGCUCGAGUGUUCCACUUCGGCGAGUACAAGGGCGCUCAGGAGGACAAGCUUCUGGAAAGCCUGAACCGCAAGGUGCUGGACGUGUACCGGCACUGCAUCGGCACCCAGCAGGAGUCCAACCUGGGCACUGUGCAGAUGCUCACCAUCAUCGAGCACUACCUGAACGAGCUGCUCGAACACCUAGAGCAUGUACCCCAGGUCAAGAUCGAGCAGGCUGAGAAGGCCAAGGAGAAGGAGCGCCGCAUGAGACUCCGAGAAGAGAAGGUGCUGAUGCAGAAGCAGCUGCAGGAGGAGCGUCUGCAGCGGGCCCAGGCUCGGGCCCAGGCGGAGAUCAAGAAGAAGAGAGGCAGGAGGCUGGUGUGUCGCUCCCAGCUCCCAGUCCUGAAAAUAAAGGUGGAGCCUGAGCACGUGCUGAUGGACAAGGACAAGGAGGAGCAGCUGCUGUUCUUCACCUAGCCCUCUGGAGCUGGCCGGCCCCUCUGCCCACAGCACGGCAAUGGCAGCAGCAGGAAGCCCAGGCAGGGCAGGGCAGGGCAGGGCGGUGGGCUGGACGCGGCUGGCGCAGGAUCGCCGUGCCCCCACCCCCCCCCCCCCCCCCCGCCCCGUGGCCUCCCGCUGUGUUCCCUUACCUGUGUGAAAUAAACUCUCCCUCUCUGGUGUCUUGAUGGCCUGUUGCAGGAGGCAGGUUGCUUUCCACCUCCAUGCCCUGCCCUUUAAUCCCUGACCCCUGAACAAAUGCUCGAGGGAAGGAGCCCCUGCUGCCCUCAUCCAAGGUGGCUGCUUUGAGAAACAAGGGCCAGUUCCACACAGAGGUGUGAUGGGGGACUAGCCCCAACGCAGAGACAAGAAAAGGAGGCAGCGGGCUGAGCAGACGAAAGGGUUAUUACUCCUGACUGAAGGAAAAACAGGACCUCGACGCUAUGCACACAGUUCUGUGAAUGAAGCCAGGGGACAUCUCCAGUGCGUGAUUAUACAAAAACUUUUAUUCAUUUGUACUAGAAAUUGGGCCCGUUGCCACCAGGGAACCUAGUGCCCAGAAAACUGACGGCCAGUACCAAUCACUUCACAGUGGUGGACAUUCACAGGGGGACGUUCCGGGGAAAGGCCCAGCGACACACCCCUGAGAUAACAUUCCUGUGGCCCGCCCCCUCCUCCCAUCAGAAGGACAGCACAGUGUGAUCAAUAGGCCACUUUGCCCCCAAGGCCACCCUGGCAGGCGGGCUGGCUCCUCGUAGAGAGAAGGGACUUCUGGGCGACCUGGAGGCCAAGGUGCCAGAUGGACACAAAACUUUAGUCUGUGCCGCAGCACAGAGUUCUGUGGGUAAAGACCAUUCAUAAAUGGGGCCCAAGUUCCUUUGGAGGGAGCAGCAGCCUGGACAGACAGCACCUCAGAGCAGGACAGAGAGAGGACUCACAA